AUGUGGAUCGCUCACUACGCCUCGGGCUUGGCUGCAAAGCCGUUCGCGUCUGUAGUUCCCCUCUCUGUCUUGACUCUUGCAGGGGCACUCCCAGACGUCGUCUUCUUCAUCCUCCAAUUCUCCGGCAUUGAGACCUUCAAUCUCGACCCCAGCCUCCAGAGACGUGGAUGCUUCCCGUACUCCAACGAAUAUCCUUACAGCCAUUCGUUGCUCGGAAUGACGGUCGCUGGUGUCAUCCUCGCCGUCCUCUACAAGAGAUCUACCAACGCCCCCGUCACCUGGAAAGAUCAAGCCGCUAUUGUCGCAGCGUCCGCUAGCCAUUUCCUUCUGGAAUGGCCUUCUCAUCGUUCAGACGUCAAAAUCACUCCGGGCGAUGAUACAGCGCUAGGUGCCGGCUUGUUUGACCAUCCUACCGCAACUUUCUUCACCGAAAUCGCCAUCUUCCUGGCCGGCCUCUGGGUCUAUGCAACCUUCUCUCCUCCCUCGACCAAGGCUGGGUAUAAGCGCAGCCCUAACCGCCUGUGGGGCAUCGUCCUCUUCCUCAUUGGAGCGCAGGCCCACUUCUCUUUUGGCUCAGCUCCGACGACCGAAACGCGCUGGGUGCACGCGCCUCUCUUCCUUGGUCAAGUUCUGGCCAGCUGCUGGUUGCUGGGCAAACUUGAGUCAUGA